GGGUGGAUGCAGCUCUUACUCGAGGGGCAGGAGUAGGAACGUCCACUUAGCACGCGGUCCCUCCACGCCUCCACUCCGUCCCGGCGUAGCGCGGGGCUCGCGUCAUCUCGCCGGGCUGGUCCCCAUCUCGGCCACAGCGCUGGCUAUGACGUCAUCGCCCCGCGACCGUGCCGGGCCUGGGCCCGCCCCCCCAGUCGCCGGUCUCCGGCAACGCCUCAUCGUUUACCCCGACAUCCCAAUUCCAGACCCCAUUUCUACCCCCCAGGCUCUGGUCGCGGCCCCCCCACUCUCCCGUCCUCGCCAACCCUCAAGGGUCAGAGGUCCCGGGCUAUGAGCCGGAAGCGUCCCCGGCUCGUCCCUGAAACCUUCGGGGCUAAGAGACGACGAGGACCGGGAUGGUCCGGAGAGGAGCCCCCGGGGGUAGAGUCAGGGUCGGUGCUCAGGGCUCUGCGGGAGCUGGGCGAGCUGUUCCCCCGGCGCCUCUUCCAGGACGCUCUACCUCCCGUCGCCCUCAAGAGCCAGGUGUACAGCCUCGUGCCGGACCGGACCGCGGCCGACAGGCAGUUGAGAGAACUUCGGGAACAAGGGAAGAUUAGAGUCAUUCAACUUGGCUUUGACUCUGAUGCUCAGGGGAUUGUCUUCACUGAGGACUUCAGGACCAAAGCCCUGGAAUCUUGCAGGGGUCAGCCAUUUGAAGGGACAGUGCAGAGGUUUCUGGCCGUGGUGCUUCCAGCCUGUGGAGACCUCAGCUUUCAGCAGGAUCAGAUGAUCCAAACCUUUGGCUUUCGGGACUGUGAGAUCACGCAGCUGGUAAAUGCCGGAGUCCUUACAGUCCGAGAUGCUGGGAGCUGGUGGCUGUCAGUGCCAGGAGCUGGGAGAUUUGUAAAAUAUUUUGUUAAAGGGCGACAGGCAGUACUUGGGAUGGUUCGAAAGUCCAAGUAUCGGGAGCUGUCCCUUUCUGAGCUCUUAGGCAGACGAGCUCCUCUGUCUGUGCGGCUUGGCCUUCCCUACCAUGUACAUGAUUUAAUUGGAGGGCAGCUGCUUGACAUUGUCCCCACCACAUCUGGGACUCUCCUUCGCCUGCCUGAGACGUGAAGAUUUGGGUUUUCUUUUCCCAAUUCAUCUGUUGGACUGGGGAAUGAAGUAAGGUGUAGAUAUAACAUGCAGCCAGCAAGACGUCUUGAUGGAAGUGGCAUCUAGGGAGGGGUUACCCCUUGAAGUCUCUGAAGUUGAGACUACUGUUCGGUUCUCUAGGUGGAUGGGACAGAUAUCAUCACUGCUGUUUACAGGUUUGGGGUUUGGACCAUGCUUG